AUGGCGAGGGAGAGCGAUAGCGCCCAAGACAUGUUGCUGUCGUCCCCGGAGCCUGAGCCAGGCCGUGACGAGCCGCAUAGCAGCCCGCACGACCACGAGCUCGGGGAGCGCUCGGCGAAGAGGCACAAGGGCGCCAAUGAGUCGUCUCAGGCGUCUGGUGCAUGUCGUGUUCGCAAAGUCAAAUGUGACAAGAAGAGGCCAUGUGCCCUGUGUCGAGCCAGCGGUGUCGUCUGCGAGUAUCUCGGGGACUCGUCAGACAAGAUAACGCUUGAGUCUGCUACAAACAGCAUCCUCGAGAAACUAGACCAUCUUCGGCAAGAGUUGGAGACUGUAAAACAGGCUACCUCGUCUCAACAUCCGCAGGAAAACACCUUUCAUGAUGAUGAGGCCAUGCGAGGGCGGUUCCCACGGCCAUCACUCCAAGAAAGCGCUCCGCACCUUGUAGAUGCUGUCCGCACCCGCUCAGAGAUCUCCUUUGAGCCGUCAAGGGACUUCCUACGUAUCCCUCCACAUCGCGCCAGCGCAGACACAAUCCUUCGAUGGGGCAUCUGGCAGAAAAAGUACCCGCCAAAUGCUCUCAUUGGUGUUCUCUUCAGUGCAGAUCAUCGUGAUCGGAAUUCCACAGGCAGGACGCCGGUUCCUGAUCUCAUCGCCUCGGCAAGAGGGCUCGUUCAUCUAAACGAGGAGCAGAUCCCGUCACUUGUCGACUGUUUUCUUACUAAUGUGUACACCAAAAACCCGAUUCUGGAUGUCGAGUCCCUUGUUAAGCACAGCCGAAGAUGCUCAGAACACGGAAUGGGCUGGGGCGGUUGGUCCUGUCUUGUUCUCAUGGCCUGCGCACUUGGUGCCGUUUCAAAACCUUUCGAUAGAGCACUACCCAACGGCCACUCUCCUACUCAUGAGAGAGCGCCUCGGCAGACAUCCAACACUUCGGUCGGUCUUCAUUCCCAGGACCUGCAGUUGGGCGAUUCUUGCUUCACCCUCGCGUGCCGACGACUCGGAUCGCUCAAGUACUCACUCCUGGCCUCUCAAUGUCACUUCUUCGCCGGUGUCUACCUAAUGUAUACGUUACGGCCCCUCGAGGCCUGGCAUUAUUUCUACCAAGCGUCUCUCUUCUGCCAGUUCGAUCUUCGCAUGACACAUGGUCUCUCCGAUACCUUUGCAGAGGUUCUGGGCGCGCCGCCGCCACACACUCUUGAUUCAGCAGGCCGCAAAGCCCGCCGUCUCGAGCAGAGCCUCUACUGGUCUUGCUUCAAGUCGGAGUGCGAGUUCCGCGUAGAGCUUCCCCUCCCCCAGUCCGAAAUCAGCCUUGGCGAAUAUCCGAACCUGUUUCCUUCCCCGCCAUCUCCUGUUCCCAUGAAUGCAGACGCGGGCACGACCGACGACGGCGGCGGGAUCCUGGGCAAUGGCGGCAGCCACUCUCAUCUGACCCCCGAGCAACUGGAGCUCCGACAACACUCACAGCGCCUCUGCAACGAAGAAGAGAGCUGGUACUACUACCUCACCGAGAUCGCCCUCCGCCGCAUUGGGAACCGCAUCAUCAACACCUUCUUCCACGACCCGGACCAGUCCGCAUGGCUCCACAACAUCCGUCCCCUCCUUCGCAUCGGCCAGGAAUUCGAAAGCCAGAUAUCCUCCUGGUCCGCCCAUCUCCCCCGCGCCAUGCAGACCUACGAAAGCGAAUCCGUCAUCCGGGCCCCCCACCUGGACUACUCAAACGAGCGGGCCAGCGGCCACGUCUCCCGCGAGCUCAGCUGGGCCAUCGACAACCGCCUCCUCGAGAUGCAGACCUGGCUGUACCAGCCGUUCCUCUACUACCUCUGCCACGCGGGCCAGUCGCGCCGCAACAACUCCGCCUCCGCCUCGACCCCCACGAGCAACAACCCCGUCACGAGCCUCCUCAACCCGUGGUCCCCGGCCGCGAGCUCAACCCCCUCAAUGGACUACAUCGCCGCCGGGCAGCAGCACAGCCAGCACCACCACCACCACAUGUCCGGCACCAACAACGCCGCCGCCGCCGCCCAGGCGCUCGCACUGGACAUCGAUGACCUGCCCAUCCUGCACUCCCUCAUCCGCUCCGGCAUAGACUGCUCGCUCAAGACGAUCGACGUGCGCGCCCGCUGGCACCGCCACCACGGGCUCUGGUUCGACCUGCGCGCCAUCAUGAGCGCCUCGCUCACCCUCCUCGCCGUCGUCAAGAGCGGCAAUGUGGCCUGGAUCCCCGGCGGGGACGAGACGUUGUGGGGCGUGAGCACGCCGGGCGAGGGCAUGGGCGUGACGGCGCCGAUAGGGGGCAAGCUGGGCAAGGUGCUCGAGCAGUUCGACUUCUGGGCCGCCGAGGCGCCGGACAUGCCGCGGUAUCGCCAGGUGCUGGAGUCGGUUGUGAGGGAGGUGAGGGGGUCGUGA